UGGCGUGGCCGUUGCCCUGUCCCAGGUUACCUGUCCUGCUGCCGCUUCCUGGACGACAACCAGAUCGUGACCAGCUCGGGAGACACCACCUGUGCCCUGUGGGACAUCGAGACUGGCCAGCAGACCACCACGUUCACUGGACACACCGGGGACGUGAUGAGCCUUUCCCUCGCUCCGGACACCAGACUGUUCGUCUCCGGCGCUUGUGACGCUUCUGCCAAGCUCUGGGACGUGCGAGAAGGGAUGUGCCGGCAGACCUUCACCGGCCACGAGUCGGACAUCAACGCCAUCUGCUUCUUCCCCAACGGCAACGCCUUCGCCACCGGCUCGGACGACGCCACCUGCAGGCUGUUCGACCUCCGCGCGGACCAGGAGCUCAUGACCUACUCGCACGACAACAUCAUCUGCGGCAUCACCUCCGUCUCCUUCUCCAAGAGCGGCCGCCUCCUCCUGGCCGGCUACGACGACUUCAACUGCAACGUCUGGGACGCGCUGAAGGCCGACAGGGCAGGUGUGUUGGCUGGACACGACAACCGCGUCAGCUGCCUGGGGGUGACCGACGACGGGAUGGCCGUGGCCACGGGGUCCUGGGACAGCUUCCUCAAGAUCUGGAACUAGGCGGCAGGUGGACUCCGUGGCGACCGGAGGCCACUCCAGCCUGGAGCGCGACAGCGAUAGCAUUUCCGAGCACCCCACUAACGCCACGCCCUGCCCCUCCCCCGGAACUUCAGAAGGGCCAGAUCUCGCCUCCACUCACUGCUGAAACCAAGGGCACAGCGGCUGCGGGCCGCCCGCGCGCUGUGCCCUGCUCCCGGGACCAUCGUCUUGUUUUCUCUUUUGUCUUGAAUGAAUUUAAAAGAAAAUACUAUAAUAAAAAUGUUAACCAGAAGGCGCCCAGUGUAUUGUGAGACGGACGCUCCU